AUGAGUCCUAUUCCCGUGGGUUUUUUUGGCAACCGCCUCGCAGCAAAUGAUGAGUCAAGAGUUAUAGUCAGAGACAUACACUCCGGUAGCUGGGUCCUUCUUCUAGACCAAAAAGGCCGCAGUUCAAGUGAUGACGACGAUGACUACCUAAGAUACUCUUUUGCCAGAAUUCGUCAAACCUGUGACGAUAUUGCACCCGAGCAACAACGAGAAAGACCUGUCUACUUCCCCGUCCCCGUCCCCGUUCCUGAUCUCGUUGUGGUAGUAGGCGGCCUAACAGAGUUUUUGCGCGAAACUGUGCCAGGAAUCGAUAUUUUCACGUGGGAGAAACGAGUUGAGGAGGCAGAGAAGGACUUCCACGUACGGCGGGCUUCAAUUGAGACUUGUAAACGCUGCAUUGGCGUCGGCGUCAUGGCUGAGAGCAGUGCCCGAGCAUUGCUUGACCAGUUACUGUUAUAUCAUGGUAUUAACUAUUCGAGCAUAUCUCAGUAUUGA